GAAACUAUCGGUAGUGUCAGCGAUUGCAUCCCCGGUCCUUGACUGUUUUCUAUUUCAAAGUGUGGAGUUGUGAUGAUCUGAGGGAUCUGAACAUUAUUUUGAAAAUAUGGAUCAAAUGUCAACCACUGAGGAAGACGUCGGAUGGGAUAGUGAUAAGAAAAAUUGGCCGAAUCCCAUCAAACCGUUAGAAGAAAAAUGGAAACUCGUGCCUGCGUUUCUACAGGUUAAGGGCUUAGUAAAGCAGCACAUCGACUCCUUUAAUCAUUUUGUUAAUGUGGAUAUUAAAAAAAUUGUGCAAGCUAACCAAACGGUGCUGAGUGAUGCUGAUCCGAUGUUUUAUCUCAAGUAUUUGGAUGUACGGGUUGGUACACCAGACAUUGAAGAUGGCUACAACAUUACAAAAGCCACAACGCCACAUGAAUGUCGCUUAAGAGACACUACCUAUUCUGCCCCUAUUACAGUGGACAUCGAAUACACGCGCGGAGCACAGAGGAUAGUUAGGAAUAAUUUACUGAUUGGACGAAUGCCUGUCAUGUUGAGAUCCUCUAACUGUGUCCUCACUGGCAAAUCAGAAUUUGAAUUGGCAAAGUUAAAUGAAUGUCCCUUGGAUCCUGGUGGAUAUUUUGUAGUAAGGGGACAAGAGAAAGUUAUCCUCAUUCAAGAACAGUUGUCAUGGAAUAAGAUGAUCACAGAAGAAUUCAAUGGGACUGUGCAGUGCCAGGUCACCUCUUCCACUCAUGAAAAGAAAUCAAGAACUGUUGUCCUCAGCAAACACGGUAAAUACUAUUUGAAACACAACUCAAUGGUAGAUGACAUUCCCAUAGUUGUCAUCUUUAAAGCCAUGGGAGUAGUGUCAGAUCUUGAGAUUAUGUCCCUAAUUGGCACAAGUACGGAAACACAAAACCGAUUCGCACCUUCCCUCCUCGAGGCUUUCAAUCUAAAGAUCUUUACACAGCAACGUGCUCUUGAAUAUAUGGGCUCAAAACUGAUGGUAAAACGAUUCCAAACCACUGCCAGUAAAACACCAGCUGAUGAAGCAAGGGAACUGCUUACAACUACAAUUUUGGCCCACGUGCCUGUGGAAAAUUUUAAUUUUCAAAUAAAAUCUAUUUACGUUUCACUUAUGGUCAGGCGCGUUAUGGCUGCGGAAUUGGAUGCCUCGGCUGUGGACGACAGGGAUUACUAUGGUAACAAGCGUUUGGAAUUGGCCGGGUCUUUAAUAUCCCUGAUGUUUGAGGAUUUAUUUAAGCGUAUGAAUUGGGAGCUUAAAAUGAUAGCAGACAAAAAUAUUCCCAAGGUGAAGGCCGCUCAGUUCGAUGUGGUGAAGCAUAUUAGAGCGGCGCAAAUAACAGUUGGAUUGGAGUCAGCUAUAUCGUCAGGAAAUUGGACCAUUAAACGUUUCAAGAUGGAGCGAGCUGGCGUUACACAAGUUCUUUCUAGACUAAGCUACAUAUCCGCCCUGGGAAUGAUGACAAGGGUAAAUUCUCAAUUCGAAAAAACUCGAAAAGUAUCGGGCCCUCGUUCUUUACAACCCAGUCAGUGGGGUAUGCUGUGUCCAUCUGACACACCUGAAGGUGAAGCUUGUGGUCUUGUCAAAAACCUGGCUUUAAUGACUCACAUAACCACUGAAGUUGAGGAAGAACCAGUAGUCCGUUUAGCCUUCAAUGCGGGUGUAGAGGACAUUCGUCUGGUCGGUGGGGACGCCAUUAAUAAUUCCAAGGUAUUUCUCGUCUUCAUCAAUGGUAACAUUUUAGGCUUAACAAUCAGUUACAAAAGAUUAGUAGAAGUAUUCCGUAUGAUGAGACGUAAAGGUCGCCUGGGACCCUUCGUUUCCAUUCACACGUCUCACACUCAAAGGUGUGUAUAUAUUCAUACUGAUGGGGGUCGUUUGUGUCGACCUUACAUAAUUGUCCGAAAAGGCCAGCCAGCUGUAAAACAGCACCACAUUGAGGAACUAAAGAGGGGCAUCCGCAAAUUCGAAGAUUUCCUCCACGAUGGCCUCGUAGAAUAUUUGGAUGUAAAUGAAGAGAACGAUUCAUUCAUUGCCUGGAACGAAAACGACAUUGAUCCUGACACAACAACACAUUUGGAAAUAGAACCCUUCACGUUGCUUGGAGUUUGUGCUGGAUUAGUUCCAUACCCGCAUCACAACCAGAGUCCCCGUAAUACCUACCAAUGUGCUAUGGGCAAACAAGCGAUGGGCGUUAUUGGAUAUAACCAAAAAAAUCGCAUAGAUACGCUCAUGUACAACCUCGUCUAUCCACAAGCUCCAAUGGUAAAAUCAAAGACCAUUGAAUUGACGGGAUUCGACAAGUUACCAGCCGGUCAGAACGCCACCGUUGCCGUCAUGAGUUAUUCUGGUUACGAUAUUGAAGAUGCGCUUAUACUUAAUAAAGCUUCAAUUGACCGAGGUUAUGGCCGAUGUCUUAUAUACAAAAAUUCAAAAUGUACUGUCAAAAGGUAUGCCAAUCAGACAUACGACCGGAUUAUGGGACCUAUGAAAGAUGCUCUAACGAAUAAAGUUAUUUUUAAACAUGAUGCCUUAGAUACGGAUGGCAUAGUUGCCCCUGGAGAGAUGGUGGUGAAUAAACAAAUUUUAAUCAACAAAGAAAUGCCUGCCGUAACUUCGAUUAAUCCCAUCGAACAGACGGGACAGAGCUCACAGGUUUCCUACACAGCUGUUCCAAUUUCGUACAAAGGCCCAGAACCCAGUUAUAUUGAGAAAGUAAUGGUGUCGGCGAAUGGCGAAGAAGAUUUUUUAAUAAAAAUUUUAUUAAGACAAACGAGGCGACCUGAAAUCGGUGACAAGUUCAGUUCCCGCCACGGUCAAAAAGGUGUGACUGGUCUAAUUGUAGACCAAGAGGAUCUACCUUUCAAUGAUUUUGGUAUUUGUCCAGACAUGAUAAUGAAUCCUCAUGGGUUUCCAUCUCGUAUGACCGUUGGAAAGUCUCUCGAACUGUUGGGUGGAAAAGCUGGUCUAUUGGAGGGGAAAUUUCACUAUGGCACUGCUUUUGGUGGCUCAAAAUGUUCGGAUAUUCAGGAUGAAUUAUUUAAAAACGGGUUCAAUUACAUGGGCAAGGACUAUUUCUACUCAGGAAUAACUGGCGAAAGUUUGGAAGCUUAUAUUUAUUCAGGCCCUGUGUACUACCAGAAAUUGAAGCACAUGGUGCAAGAUAAAAUGCAUGCCAGAGCAAGAGGUCCCAAAGCUGUGCUCACUAGACAACCUACUCAAGGUCGGAGUCGGGAAGGUGGUUUACGUUUAGGUGAAAUGGAACGUGAUUGUUUAAUAUCUUAUGGCGCUAGUAUGUUGAUUAUGGAACGCCUAAUGAUAUCGUCGGAUGCAUUUGACGUAGAUGUGUGCAAGUCAUGUGGACGACUAGCCUACUCUUCGUGGUGCCAUUACUGUCAGUCAUCGGCCAACGUGUCAAAAAUAUCUAUGCCAUAUGCAUGUAAACUGUUAUUCCAAGAAUUAACAAGCAUGAAUGUUGUUCCCAAACUAAAAUUGCAGAACUAUUAACGCAAAAGUAAAUGUGUGUCCUAAUUGUCGAUUAUGAAUAAAAACAUUUGUGAGCAAAAGCGAUUUUGUGGGAUCGGCUGAAUAUCGUCCGUGAACAAUCCCAUUUGCUGGAAGCAAUUUUAAACUGUGAAAAAGGCGAAAUAAAUGUAAUUCCUUGCCGCUGAUUCAGGUUUUCGUAACUUGUUGGCAGCUAGGGAUAUUCGUAGUAAUCGACAA